CCCUUGACCCUCGCCCCGGAAGUCGGGGUGACUCGGAAGUUCCGGCUAGUCGCUAGGAAACGGGCCAGCCCGACGCGGGGGGCGGUGCUUCUGGCCUUGCCUACGAGUUGGGGGAGGCAGGUGAAGCAGGUCCGUGUGAUGCUGUCCCCACUGCCCCCGACGGUCUGAGCACACCCUCCUGACCUUCCCCCUCACCCAGGAGAAUGAGCAGUAAGAAGGGGGUAACCAGAGCUGCGCCAAGGAAGUCCUUCCCCAGAGCCAAGCCAUGGGCCCCUGCCGGGAAGCCCGGAGAGAGCCGCCAGCCGCAGAGGGAGACCGGCCCGCCGGCCACGGGGCGCGCGUCCCCCGAGCGCCCGGAGGCUCCUGCAGGGCCAACCGUGGAGGACCGAGCAGCCACCAUCAUCCAGUGUGCCUUCCGGAAACUCCUGGCGAGAAAGGAGCUGGCCCGCCGUCAGCAGGAGCACCAGGACUACCAGGAGCUGAUGGAGAAGCUGCAGAGGGAGGCCUUCGUGGCCCAGGUUCGGCGUGAGCAGGAGGCGGCCCGGCGACGGCAGGAAGAAGCGGCUGCGGCCGAGCGGCGGCGGCAGGAGGAGCGGCUGCGCGGGGCGCGCCUGCUGGAGGCGGCCUUCGACGGGAACCUGGGCGAGAUCCAGGCGGUCCUGCAGGAGGUGGGCGGCGGGGCGGCGGGGCUGCGGGUCCUGAGCUUGGGGCGCCGCUGA